GGGAUAGAGCUUAGGGUUAGGUUAGUGCAACAUUUGAUUCAUCUGCCACCGCCGCUGCAAAGCUCGUCUCUUUUCAACCAUGGCUGAACAGACGGAAAAAGCGUUUUUGAAGCAACCCAAAGUAUUUCUAUGCUCAAAGAAAAGUGGAAAAGGGAAAAGGCCUGGAAAAGGUGGAAACAGAUUCUGGAAGAGUGUCGGUCUUGGCUUUAAGACGCCACGAGAAGCUAUCGAAGGAACUUAUAUUGACAAGAAGUGCCCUUUCACCGGUGAUGUCUCCAUUAGAGGCCGUAUUCUAGCUGGUACAUGCCACAGUGCUAAGAUGGUGAGGACCAUCAUUGUUCGUAGGAACUAUCUCCACUUUGUCAAGAAAUACCAAAGAUAUGAGAAGAGGCACUCAAACAUUCCUGCCCAUAUAUCACCGUGUUUUCGUGUGAAAGAAGGUGAUCAUGUCACAGUUGGACAGUGCAGACCUUUGUCCAAGACAGUGAGGUUCAAUGUGUUGAAAGUGAUACCAGCUGGUUCUUCUGGUGGUGGGAAGAAGGCAUUUACAGGCAUAUAGUCUUGUAGCUCGACGCCCUUGUUAGAAGCACUUUCAGGUUAAGGUUAGCAUGUCAAUUUUGAAUUUAGCUUAAAUGACAAUAGUCAUUGUUUUGUUCCCAGUUUAUGCAUCAAAUGUCGUUCAUGCUUGAGAGAUAUUAAAGAAUUUUGCAUCUUGUAUUUUUUUGUUUAUGUUUUUAGUAUUUUCAUUGACGCGUUGUUGCUAUCGGAUCAUGCCUUGUCACAAAAUAGAUACGGAACUUGGUCUUGUCGUU